AUGCUCGAUUCCGAACAAACUAAAAGAGAAAAAAUCAAAGAGUUCCGUCUUCUGACCGACGUUCCCGACCACCACGAUACGGAAGCAUUUUUGUUACAACGAGGUUGGAAUCUUCAACGAGCGCUAAAUGACUUUUUCGAUGCGAAUCGGAAUAUUGAAGAGAUACCGCCACUGCCUCUUGCGGGAUCAUUCACCAAUUCCUCCUUAUCCCCUUCUUCCGCAAGUGGGACAAGGACGAGACACUAUCAAACUGUUCGAUCGCGAGUUGUCACCAAUAAUUCCAGUUCAAUUUGGCAAAGAAUCGAGGAAAACAGGACACCGACACGUCGUCGAGCCCCAUCUCCCCCACGAAAUCGUCCUCCUCAAAGAUCCUUUGUCACAGAUCAGUAUCCCACUCACCCUCCCCCUCCAAGAACAACAUCAAUAAAUCAAGAUCGCCCGAAACGUCAAGCUCCUCCACCGCCCAUUCAGAGAAGCUCUGAUACCAUUGGCCUUGACCAUACACCAGUCUCUUCAAGAACCAGUCAAGAAAGAGACACAAAUCCUGCAAGAAGUGAUGUUAACCCGACACCAGCUUCACCAGCGACGCUUCAAAGGCAUCCAACGUUGAAUAAGAAGCAACAGAAUCUCGCACUCAAAGUUGUGAAAAACUUUUCAAAUCGUCCAAAACGACAAGCGCCGGAAGCCCCAGAUGAGCCACCAGAAGUCGAUGAAAAAGUUGAAUUGGAGUCGAAGAAAAAGGAAUUGAAAGAACUAGAAGAGAAGUUAGAGGGCUUAUUGACAUGUUCUAUUUGCUGUGGAGAUAUGGAAAGAAAGGCAGCUCUUCAGGAUUGUGGUCACGUGUUUUGCGUUGAUUGCUGCCAACGGUUCUAUUCUGCAUUCAGACGCGAAUGUCCCAUCUGCCGAAAAUCCUUCAACGACUACAUUCAACUGUUCAUGUGA